GAGUUUUUGCGGCGCGGUCAUUGACGAAUUGUCGAAUGAACUCAGAGAAGCUCUUGACAAAGAUGCUGCCGAUUUUGCGGAGCGGAAGCGGCUUGAGUUGGAAAGUGCAGCGGCCGAUGUGUCGACGCGGCGCAUGUUCAAUGUGCUGAAGCCUCUCUAUAAGCCCGCCCAGCAGUCGGCAGCAUGCGCGAAGAAAGCAGAUGGCACUGUCACGUUGUCAGCCUCUGAAACAAAGCGCGAAAUAGCCGAGCAUUUUGCCAUGUUGUUGCAAGGUGGCCACAUUACCAUGCGUGACUUGAUAGAGAAAGAUCGGAUUGACAACCUCGUCGUUGCAGAUCGCACAGUUGACGCAAUUGACUUCGGCCUCGCCCCGAGCAUUUCGGAGGUUGCUUGCAUUUUUGCACGCAUGAGGCCCAUGGUUGGAAUAUCUGGAGAUUGCAGUGGGUCCGAACUGUCCAUGGCUGCGCCUCUUGAGACUGCCCGGUUGUUCCACCCGCUCGUCUUCAAGUCAGUGGUUUCUCUGCAGCCGCCUUUGCAGUGGAAAGGGGGGCGUCUGUUUGAGAUAUACAAAGGGAAAGGGGCUAUGACCGAGAUCCCGUCUUACAGGGACGUGACCAUUUGCGAGGCGGCGUCCAAGUCGCUGUCCCUCCACAUGCGGCCACGUGGGAUGCCCGUCCUUGCAGCGACGAGUUCAAACUUGCAGUUUGGAGGUGGUUUCAGAGGAGGGUCAACGGAGUUUGCCCACCUGUACAUGGUGGCGUGCAUGGACGUUGCCAGGGCUAAGACGCUAUCCUUUGGUGCUUUGUUCGUUGACUUGCAAGCGGCAUUUGCUAGCAUUGCGAGGCUUCUUGCUUUUCCCGCGCCGCCGGCGUCAAUGGACGCAUUUGUCGCCAGACUCUUGGCUGCAGGAUUUUCUGCCGAGGACGCCGCGGAAAUCGUCGAGGGCCUCUGUGCCUACGAGCAUUGGACCGCGAGCGGAGGCACGACGCAUUAUCUCGCGAUGCUGAGUAAGCUGCACAGACAGUCCUGGUUCGCUAUGGAAGGCGUCGCAGGGUGCCUGCAGACUACAUCCGGGAGUCUUGCUGGUAAUGCUCUUGGGGACUUUGUGUUCCUCCUCGCCUUUAGCCGCGUGGUCCGCGCUGUCGAGUUGCGCCUUGCUGCUGCCGGUUUGCUGUUCGAACUCCCAGCGGAACCGUUGAUCCCCGGGUUCGGCGUUGAGCCGGCGAACGGGCGGCCCGCGGAGCCAGUGCAACUUGGCGCAGCCGGUCAUAUGGAUGAUGUCGUCCAGCCAUUGUUUGGGCAGGCUUACGAGAUCGUGGAUAAAAUGAAGGCGCAGCGGCAGCUGUUCGGCGAUGCCGGGGGCCUCAUUCAAUUCGAGACUCGCGGCGUGCAGCGCCAGCUGGUUGCCACGGCCCAGUACAAGCACGUUGGUGCGCUUACUUGUUCCGCGGAUUCGAUGCACCCAGAGAUCACAGCCAAAGUCG